CAGCGAACUAGUCAGCCCAACGUGCAGAGUAGCUCAGCCUUGUAUAGCGGCUGGUACCACAGCGUCUUCAAGAGCAUCGCACUCCAUGUGCGUUGCGUGGAUGUUGAAAUUGCGCUGUGCAGCUUGUAACCGCGGCAAGAACUCAACAUGUCGAACCCUCCCAACGACCCGUUCUAUUCCUCCCCGUUCGGACCCUUCUACAGAAGGCACUCGCCCUACAUGGUCCAACCCGAGUAUAGGAUCUACGAGAUGAACAAACGACUACAAUCUCGUACAGAGGAGAGUGACAGUCUGUGGUGGGAUGCGUUUGCCACAGAGUUCUUUGAGGAGGACGCAACACUGACCCUCUCCUUCUGCCUGGAGGAUGGACCAAAGAGAUACACUAUCGGAAGAACGCUCAUCCCGCGCUACUUCAGCACGGUGUUUGAGGGCGGAGUCACUGACCUGUACUACAUCCUCAAACACUCCAAGGAGUCUUUCCACAACUCCUGCAUCACUGUGGACUGUGAUCAGUGCACCAUGGUCACACAGUAUGGGAAACCAAUGUUUACAAAGGUAUGCACAGAGGGCCGACUGAUUCUUGAAUUUGUCUUUGACGACCUCAUGAGGAUCAAGACCUGGCACUUCACCAUCCGGCAAUACCGAGAACUCAUCCCCCGCAGCAUCCUGGCCAUGCACGCACAAGACCCCCAGGUUCUGGAACAGCUCUCCAAAAACAUCACCCGCAUGGGGCUGACCAACUUCACCCUCAACUACCUCAGGCUGUGUGUCAUCCUGGAGCCCAUGCAGGAGCUCAUGUCCAGGCACAAGACCUACAACCUCAGCCCUCGGGACUGUCUGAAGACGUGCCUGUUCCAGAAGUGGCAGAGAAUGGUGGCCCCGCCAGCUGGACACCCACAGAACUUCAAAACAGAAAUAUUCCCCACAAAUCACAAAAAAGGUCGUGCCAAAGCUGAGCCAACGAGACAGACGACGACGAAGAGGAGGAAAAGGAAGAACUCUGCCAGCAGCGCCAACAGCAGCGUGGGCAACGCCAACAGUAAGAAGAGAAGCCCUGCCAGCAACUUCAGCCUCUCCAGUCAGGUACCUGACGUGAUGGUGGUGGGUGAGCCCACCCUGAUGGGCGGGGAGUUCGGGGACGAGGACGAGCGUCUGAUCACACGUCUGGAGAACACGCAGUACGACGCCACCAACGGAUUGGACGACGAGGAUGACUUCAACGGCUCGCCAGCGCUUGGCAACAACAGCCCGUGGGGCAGCAAGCCGCUCAACAACCAGGACAGCAAGGCCGAGAGCACAGCGCCGCAGUCGUCACAGUAGAACACACAGAGACCAAGGCCACCGAGAGCACAGUCAGUGCCCCAACCUUCAUAUGUCCGCUUAGCUGACAUUUAACUUCAAUGGUUGAAUGUCACUAUUUUUGACAUAUUCUAAUGAGACCAUGUUGCCCUUCAGUAAAACAGAGGGAAAAUAAUUAUCAAAAAACUGCUAUCGAUAAACACUGCUUUUUCACCUAAAUACAUACAGGUUGUAUGCAUUGCAAUGAUGACAUAAAACAAUACUGGGUUUUAUUUUUUCAAUUUUUCCUAGAAUUCCUCUGUUUGGAUUUGGUGGGAAUUCUCAGUGUUAGGGGAGUUGGGAUAGCUCUGGGAAUGACACAAGGCCAGUGUUCAUAUGAAUUGUACUUCAUGGACACAUUUUCAGUCCUUGAGCUUUAACUGUAGUGGGAUUCUGUGGUUGUUGCCCUUUUGACCUUUGAUCUGCAGGUUGCGACACCUCUGUGACAGUUGACAGGGGAAGUCAAAAUAAAACAUAAAAAAUUAAAUGGCUCCUUUAAGAGCAUCAGCAUUAUUUUUAUUUUUAUUUAUCAGCCUCAAUCAGAACUAAUCGGCAAGGUUUUUACUCAGCCCAUAUAGAGCCACCAAACUGCAUCCACGAUGGCCGAGACGUCACCGUCUUGAGCUUUUGCAUUUUUAUUGGACAUUUAUUUGACAGUUGGUUUGUUUAUGCUGUGUUUUUUUGUUGGAUUUUCAAUGAAAAGGAAAGUGACUCUGUUUCACCAUUACGGACAGCUUCAAGUGGGGAGACUCGUGUUCCACGAUUGCUUUUCCAGAAUUACUGCAUCAGCGCCAAUUGUUAUUUCAUGCAAACCUGUUUGAUUGUGUUUGUAGUGUAUUGGUGUUCUUUUGCUUCUCCCCAAAAUACUUUACAAUCACGUUUGUACGUUGCCAAUCAGUAGACCUAUGUGAACUUUGCUGACAUACACCAAUGCAUUAAUGUUGAUUUUUCACAUUUGGAAUUUGGCUUAAUUCUUUCUCUUUAAUGACCUACUCCCAAACUGAUGUUUAAAGCUUUUUCCUGCAUGAUUUAAUUUUGUUUGUUUGAUAUACUGUACAGUAUAGUAUGUACCUUUUUGAGACACAUUGGUCAGCCAUUUUGUUCAUCAGUUUGGGAACACUGUUACAAGGUUUCUAGCUCUGUAACAUAGAGAAUGAUAUCAGGAGCAGCGCCAUUGAGGGCUUCCACCAUGCUUCCUUCAUUUUAAAGUAGUCAAAGUAGUCAACUAGGUCGGGAUUCCUAUGGGUUGUAGCUUCAAUGGGUUGCCCAUGCUGUCACAGAUGCUAUAAUGGCACAGAUAUAAGGAUGGGUCCUCUAUCUCUGUGCUCUGGAAAAAGAGGUGUGACCUACGAUUUUAUCCAUUUAAGAUUAGCCACCAUUCUGAAACCAUUUUGUACUGUACAUGACAGCUGUUUCAAAUUUCUAUAGGGCAUUUCGGAUUCUGGUUGUCUGUCCGACCGAUUUCUGCUGCUAUAAGCAGCCCAUUUAUUGUUUUGUUUAUAUUCAGUCAUUGAAUUAAUGCAGAGAUCAUAUCUUAAACAACAUUUUAGUCUCAUUGGAGAGAUAUUAAAGAUAUACUGAGCAAAAAUAUAAACACAACAUGUGAAGUGUUGGUCCCAUGUUUCAUGAGCUGAAAGAAAAGAUCCCAGAA